CAUGACUGAAAGAUGUCAAACGAAGUUUACGGAAAAAUUUGAAAAUCAAAAUUAUGUUAUUUAUGUGGGAAUCCUUGUUGCUUCACUAUCCGUGUUAUAUAUUUACAGAUUUCACUUCGCGACGAUAGCAGUGAGCUAUGUGUUGGGAUGUAUGGCUUGUUAUUACGGGCUGAAUUCCAACGUUCUGGACAGUUUAGUGAAUAAAAUAAAGUGCCAUUCAGCGGUGAGCAAUGUCGUGGACGAGGCCGAGAAAAGCGGCGAAACACAAAGCUGUGCAACAUGUGGCUCCAACAGCUGUCCGCGACAUGACUCCGCUGCAUCUACUGAGCCCUGGGUGGGGCUCCAAAUACACAAGCAGUUGGACGAAGCUAUUGAGCAGUUUUACAACGCAAUACUUGAACAGUUUAUCGGCGUAUGGUACAAGAAGUUGUCUGAGAGAUGGCUCUUUACCGACGAGUUGAGGUUGCAACUGAGACGAGCCUCGGCUAGACUGCUUCGGAGAGCGCUCAAGGUUAACUACUCCCGCUUCCUAACGGAGCGUCUAAUCCCAUGCGCGCUCCGCCACUACACGCUAUACGCUGAAGCGGGAGCGGAGACGGACGCGGGCGCGGGGCGGGUAGCGAUUCAUUCCGCCGCUAGCAAUCGUGCUGCUGAGCUGAAGUAUUUGAGAAGCGUCACGGACGCUAUUAUGCCAUAUUUGCUUAAUGAUGACGAGUUACAUAGUGCUGUAUUCCACGUGUUGGUCCGUGAAAUAUUCGCCGGCUGGGUGUUAUUGUCCCUAACGGACCUCCUGGCGGACCCUUACAUUAUAAACGCGCUCAUAAUACUGGCCACGGGGGAUGAAACUAUGGCGCAGUUGAAAACUACUCCUGAUUAUAGGGUGGAGUUCCUCUCAACACUAGCUCGUCAAUCCGGUCCCACGCACGAAGAGCGAGCGAGACUUCUCCACGUAGACCUGGAACUGUUGGUCGGAGAACCACGCCAUCUAUACGCUUUCAUCUAUCUACGCUUUCAUGCAACAUCUUAUCACAAAUAUAUAGUCAAGUCUUCACCUGGAACUGCUGGUCAACUAUACGCAGCAACACGUGCUACAAGCCAACUUUUAUUUUAA